AUGACGGCAAGCCAGCUUCGGCGAGACAGACCUCUCUUGUUCCGAGCUAUUGUUGCUGUGGCUACAUCUUCGACAGAGCAAAAGUUAAGCCGCAUCGAUGGCUUAAGAUUCCUCUGGGCCAAGUCAGCUUUGACACAAGACGAAUCAAACAUUGACACUUUGCUGAGUAUCCUGACCUACAUCACUUGGAGCAUCGACCCUUUCAUGAAGCGCACAAGCAAUCUAUCACGUAUGAUGAUGUUGGCCAUCUCCCUAGUGCCAGGCCACCUCCACCAGAGGUUCACGUGGUAG